AUGAAGUUGGAUAAUGAUGAAGAAAGAAGAAAAAAACGUCUAGCCAGAUUUGCCGUAAAUACUGACACUAGAAAAGCUACGGAUAAGAUAAGAACAAACAAGACAGAUUCAAUUAUUGUUGGAUGUUUUCAAACAAUAAGCAAACCAUAUAUGCGCUUAACAUCAGAGCCUAAUCCAGAAUUUAUUCGUCCAAUUCAUAUACUUAAAAAAGCUUAUGAAACGUUUUUAAAUGAAAAAAUCAAUAAAGAAAUAGAAUACAGUAGAUUCAUUAGUGAAUUUAAAAGUAUACGACAAGAUUUAACAAUUCAAAGGAUAAGGGAUGAAUUCACCGUUAAAGUAUAUGAAAGUAAUAUUGAAAUUAGUAUAGAGAAUGAAGAUUUUAAUGAAUUUAAUCAAUGUAUUACUCAAUUGAUACCAUUAUAUUCUGAAGUCAAGGAACAAGCAGAAAACGAUAAAAGAUUGCAAUUUAUAAAGUACAACAUGAUCAGAUUGAUAUUUUUAAAAGAAUGGGAUUCUCUAAUCGAGAUGUUUAUCAGAUAUAAGUUAAAUCAGAAUGAAAAACAAAUUAUGCUAGAAUGGGAGUUAUUUGACGCCAAAAUUGUGGGCGAUUAUUAUAAAUUAGCUCAAACGAUUGAAUCGAUUUCAGAAAAGAAUAUGCUAAUGGGGAAACUUUUAGAAUAUUAUUUGAAAAAUGAAAGAAAUAAUAUUAUUCGUGUAUUAAUUUUGAGCUAUAAUCAAUUAAAUUUCGAGAUGUUAAAGGAAAAAUUAUAUUUCAAUAAUAUUGAAAACUUGGGUAAAUAUUUAAUUGAAAAUAAAAAAUAUCAGGAGUUUAUUGAAAAGAAAGUUUUAGAGAAUGGUAAAGAAUUACAAAUUUUAAAUAGCAGAAAAAUUCGACUUCAAAAUUCAGAUAACUUCUAA